AUGGAUGAACUACCAUGGACCGUUGAACAAAUCCUCGCUACUGGCAUCAUGGACUCGGAGUUCGAAACCGCUUGGAAAGCCAAUGGCUCGCCGCCAGGACAUAUUCCUAGCGAUAUUCCCACAUUCCAGAAAACCGUUCAGGCAACCCUACCCAGUGCUCAGCGAAUGCUCGCAGCGAGCCGACCGACGAACAUUGUUGAGAGAGAAUACAAUAUACCAGUCGACGACACCUUUUCAUCUCGCACAAUCGUCUGCCAGUCCGCUUUGUCUAAUACCAUUCCAUCCCCUAUUGUGAUUCUUAUUCAUGGCGGCGGCCACUGCGUUGGAUAUCCGGAGAUGGAGCUUACCACCGCUCGGGAAUUGGUAUUGGCACAUAACGCCACUUGCAUUUUGCCGUCCUACCGCCUUGCACCAGAUUAUCCUUUCCCUACCGACGUUAACGAUAUAUUCGCAGUGGUGCAGUAUAUCGCAUGCAAGGCAGCUGAGAAAGACAGAGUCAUUCUACCUGCAAAUGCCGACCCGAAGAAGGGUUUCAUUAUUGGGGGGCUUUCAGCAGGGGCAGCCAUCAGCAAUAAGGUGGCACAACUUGCUCGGGAUCUAGAGCCUCCACUUACUGGGCAGUUUCUAGCGUGUGGGAUUUAUAUCGACCCUGGUAGUGUUCCCGAUCAGUACAAGGAACUCUAUCUCUCCAUGGAACAAAACAAGUAUGCCCCAAUCUUUGACACAGCAUCUCUGAAACAAUACAUGAACGCGUACAAUGGGGACAAGUCAUCGCCACUCAGCAAUCCAUUUUCUAUCAGCCAACAAUCUCACCCCAACGUCGGUGUAACUGGACAUAAAUUCCUGCCGCCUGUCUAUUUCCAAGUCGCCGGGAUGGAUCCUGCUCGGGACGACAGUCUUAUUUACGAGCGUAUUCUGAGGGAAGAGUGCGGAGUACCUACAAGAAUAGAUACAUAUUGCGGUGUUCCUCAUGGAUUUUGGACAAUGUAUCCAGAUCUAGCAGCUACCCGAAGACGAAUGCGAGACACUGUAGAUGGCAUCGAUAUAACUCUCCAAAAGUAUUAA